GAUAUCCACCCACCGGGCUUCAAAAUUCCAGGAAAUUUUACAUCUCUAGCUGUGCCCAGAAGCAUUUAAAAAAACCAAGGAGCUCUUUCAAACGACCGCAUAUCUUGACACAUUCCUAAAACGGCUCUCCCACAUGCCUUGCCAAAAGCAUCUCUAAAUACAAGAAGCACCCAGUUUCCUUGACAGAGGCCCAGCUGAAAGUUGUCUCCCAAACCCUGGUGGGUUGGCAAAUCAUUUACUUGGCGAGAGAGCUGAGAAUGAUUUUUCCAACAUGUGACCCAGGGAGGGCGUCUUUUGCUUGCUGAAUUUGCCAAACCGGUUCGAACUCCACCUUCAGACCAGGAAAUGUUGAGCCUCCGGUUCCUUCGCCCCCAACUGCUGUGCAGAAUUCCCUCCUUACCUGUCCAGGUACUUUCUGACUCCUGACCGUUAUUCCUAUGAUGGGAAGUCUGAACAUGGACUCUUAGAAUACAGUGGUACCUCAGGGUUCCUCAGGAAAUGUCCCGGGAGCGAAGCAGCAAGUCGGCCCCACCGGGCCUGAUCCACCGGCUGGACCACCUGGUGAUGACAGUCCGGAGCAUUGAGGACACAGCCGCCUUCUACUCCCGUGUCCUCGGCAUGGAAGUCGUCUCCUUCAAGGGAAACCGCCAAGCUCUGCAUUUUGGCCAACAUAAGUUCAACCUCCAUGAGGUGGGGAAGGAAUUCGAACCCAAAGCCCACCAGCCGACUCCUGGCUCUUUGGACCUCUGCCUCGUCACAGAGAUGCCUCUGGAACAGCUGGUGGAACACCUGAAGGUAUGUGGGGUCAGCAUUGAAGAAGGCCCAGUGGUCAGAACUGGGGCGCUUGGCCCAAUAAAAUCUGUUUAUUUCCGAGACCCGGACCUUAAUCUGCUGGAAGUUUGCAACUACGGUGGGAGUGACUUGUGAAAUUUCCAAUUUCCAGAGAGAAAUAAUGGAAAGUGACACUAAAUGACUUUGUUGUUGUUUAGUCGUUUAGUCGUGUCCAACUCUUCAUGGCCCCGUGGACCAGAGCAUGCCAGGCACUCCUGUCUUCCACUG